GCCGGCGGAGCAUGCGCGGGGCCGGGCCAGUUCCGCCACCGCCCCCGCUCCCCUCAUAGCGGCGCGGCCGGGACCGACGGGAGACGCUGCUGCCGCCGCUUCUCCUCUCUGCGCUAAGGACCCCGACGAACGGCAGCCGCUGCCUGGGCCGGAGUGAGAUUGCAUCAAAAUGUCUCUCUAUCCUUCCCUGGAAGAUCUGAAGGUGGACAAAGUUAUUCAGGCUCAGACUGCCUUUUCUUCAAAUCCAGCUAACCCAGCAAUCUUGUCUGAAGCUUCUGCCCCCAUUGCUCACGAUGGAGGUGUAUACCCCAGAUUGUAUCCGGAACUUUCUCAGUACAUGGGCCUGAGCCUCAAUGAGGAGGAGGUGCAGAGGAACCUGCCAGUGGCAGCAGCUGCUCAGCCACAGGGUCAACUGGUAACACGACCUUCUACUAAUUACAUGGUAGCUCCAGUGACUGGAAAUGAUAUUGGAAUUCGUAGAGCAGAAAUCAAGCAAGGCAUCCGCGAAACAAUUUUGUGUAAAGAUCAAGAUGGCAAAAUUGGACUUCGCCUCAAGUCUGUUGACAAUGGUAUAUUUGUCCAGUUAGUGCAGGCAAAUUCUCCAGCAUCCCUUGCUGGUCUGCGGUUUGGGGACCAAGUUCUGCAGAUCAAUGGUGAAAACUGUGCAGGAUGGAGUUCUGAUAAAGCACACAAGGUUCUGAAGCAGGCUUCUGGAGAAAGGAUUUCAAUGAUCAUCCGGGACAGGCCUUUUGAACGAAUUAUUACCAUGCACAAGGACAGCACAGGGCAUGUUGGCUUCAUCUUCAAGAAUGGAAAAAUAACCUCAAUAGUGAAAGACAGCUCUGCUGCGAGAAACGGACUUCUGACAGAGCACAACAUCUGUGAAAUUAAUGGCCAGAAUGUAAUUGGAUUGAAGGACCCCCAGAUUGCAGACAUCUUGGCAACAGCUGGAAAUGUAGUGACCAUUACCAUCAUGCCUUCCAGUAUUUAUGAGUAUAUAAUAAAGAGGUAGGUAAUAAACAAAGCAGCCGUGGUGUUAAUUACAGUUGAGUUGACAGUGAGUAUUAUUU